GCAUAAUCGGGAUCUCACUGUGCUACUGGCAGUUGUCUUCAUCCUCAGACCUCAUUUUACAAUCAAGCCCUUUCUUUCUCGCUAGUGACAUUUGGCAUGGUGAACACAGACAUGUAUUACUUGAACAAAGUUAUGUCAAAUCUCUUUCUGGAAACUUCUGUGUCUGAGACAGAUAGAACUUCCUUCAAGAACAUAGGCAGCAUGGUUGAUUUCUGGAAGUUUGCAGAAGGACCCCUGCUUGAUGGUCUGUACUGGGACACAUGGUACAACAACAAGACAUUGACCAGCCACAAAAACAGCAGUCAUGUUUACUAUGAGAACUUACUUUUAGGAGUGGCCCAGAUUCGUCAGCUAAAAGUCCGCAACAACACGUGCGCCAUCUAUCCCUAUUUCCGAACAUUUCUGAAAGAGUGUUAUCGCGAAUACCGCUAUGUAGCUGAAGAUAAAGCUGAUUUUGGUCUAAAGAAUGGGUCUGUAUGGACGUAUUCCUCUGCCUCCUCAUUAGCCCCCUGGCACUGGGGAGCCAUUGGCCUUUACAGCGGUGGAGGAUUUAUGUUCACCUUACCUAAAUCAAGGAGUGAGAGCAUAAGGAAGCUUGCGUUUCUCAGACGUAACGGCUGGCUCACUAGAGGGACAAGAGUCGUAUUUAUUGACUUCUCAGUGUAUAAUGCCAACAUAAACCUCUUCUGUGUAGUCAGGUUGGUAGUGGAAUUCCCAGCCACUGGUGGUGCUCUUCCUUCUUCGCAGUUUUACUCAGUAAAGCUUCUCAGAUACGUCACUUAUUACGAUUAUUUCCUUGCCUCUUGUGAAGUCAUCUUUUGCCUCUUCAUCUUUGCUUUCAUCAUCCAAGAAAUUUUAAAAGUUAAAAAACUGAAAACGGAAUAUUUUAAAAGUGCCUGGAACUGGCUGGACAUGCUGUUGGUGUCGCUGUCUCUCUUUGCCAUUGCCUUCAAUAUGUACCGUACUAUAGAGGUGUCCUUGCUGAUGGAAAGCCUGCUCUCUAAUGCCUAUGUGUAUCCGGACUUUUAUUUCCUUGCAUACUGGCAAACCCGUUACAACAACAUGAUUGCGAUCAAUGUCUUCUUUGCAUGGAUAAAGAUAUUUAAGUUCAUAAGCUUUAACAAGACGAUGACUCAGCUGUCUUCCACUUUAUCCCGCUGUGCCAAAGACAUCAUCGGAUUUGCCAUCAUGUUUUUCAUCAUAUUCUUUGCAUAUGCACAGUUAGGCUACCUGGUCUUCGGGUCACAAGUUGAAGAGUUUUCCACUUUUCAGAACUGCAUUUUUACACAGUUUCGCAUAGUGCUGGGUGAUUUUAACUUUGCGAGCAUAGAGCAAGCCAACCGAAUUCUCGGCCCCAUUUACUUCAUUACCUUCGUGUUCUUUGUGUUCUUUGUAUUGCUGGUAAGUGGUGUUUUAAUUAUGAAUAAUAAUAAUACAUUUACACUAAACACAAUGAAAGCUGACUUUGCAGUGGCACCGAGUAAAGAAUUUGAGAUCAGUGACCUCAUUAGACAGAUUAAAUCAAACAUAGCAGAAGAGUCCAACUGGAUUCACUUGCAUAUUGUCUUAGUGGAUCCCAUGAGGCUUUUGAAUAUAAAAGGCAAGGGGCAUUCUGCCUCCAAAUCAGACGAUGCUUUGAAGCUUUCCAGAAGAUCUAGUGUGGACGAGAAGGUAGACUUUGUUUCUCUUUUUUUCUUACCAAAAGGCAUUGACGUUAUUUUAGAUUUUACUCGUGAUGGUCACACAGUGGAGAACACCAGGAGGGUUUCCGUUGGUUAUCUAAAGUCACCACAGCUACAGAAAUGGAAGGAGAAGCUUGACCAGAAGUAUCACUCUGCUGAGAAUAAGGAAUUGGCCGGGUCUCCUCAGGACCAAGUCUCUCCUCAGGAAUUUCAGCAACUUUUCAAAUACGCGACGGAACUGGAGAAACGACUAAACGAGGUUAACGCGAAGCUGAGCAGAGUUCUGAAAGGCAUGCCUGAUCCGAAAGGCUCUCCAGACAAGAAACAGAGAUAG